AUGCUGGGAAGUGGAACCUGUCGUCCAAACUUUGGGAGGGAAGCUUCAAAAAUCCAUCAACAUGCAGCAAUUUGGCAAUCUGGACACGUCCACAGCCAGCCGCGGAGAACCUGCACACAGCGCCCGUUAGAUCAAUCUCCGCCGGGUAAUCAGCCAUGUAUCUUUGGUUCGUGGCAGCGCUGCUCUUCGCGGGAGAGCUAUCGGGAGAGAGCGAGUUGGAGGCCGCGGAGACCAACCCGGAAGUACCGGGGGUUGUUUUGGACAACGGCGCAGAAGUUUUCGGGGUGGAAGGAGCGCUGAAAGUCGGGGUGGCCAAGCCUAGAUUGGAAUGGGAUCCGAACGGAUAUGUUUUAUUCUGUCCGUGUAUGGGGCGGUUUGGAAACCAAGCGGAGCAUGUCCUGGGGGGCCUGGCAUUCGCCAAGGCAGUUAACAGAACGCUGGCUCUGCCUCCAUGGAGGACUGAUAGAAAUGUGCCAUUCUCGGAGUGGUUCAAAGUAGAACCAUUACAGACGUACCACAGGGUAGUUAGUAUGGAGGAGUUCCUGGAGCAGCUUGCACCUGUCCACUGGCCGCCUGGCAGGAGGAAAGGCUACUGUUGGAGGAACCGCAGGGACACCAAUGCUAAAUGUGGCAUGAAGGAAGGAAACCCAUUUGGGCCAUUCUGGGACCACCUGGGCGUAGACUUUGAUGAGUUUGUGUUUUAUGAGUUCACAUACCAGCAGACUGAGGCUUGGAUCAAAGAGUUCCCACCGUCCUCCCAUCCUGUGCUGGCCUUUAAAGGCGCCCCUGCAUCCUUCCCCAUGAAGGCAGAACACAGAGUGCUUCAGGAGUUCCUGCAGUGGACCCCCACCAUCACUGCCCCUGGACAGGACUACAUACAGACCACCUUCCAGGGGAGGUCUUACAUCGGGAUCCACCUCAGGAAUGGGGCUGAUUUUGAGCGAGCCUGUGCCAAUGUUGAGGGCACCUCUAGCUUCAUGGCCUCCCCCCAGUGUACUGACCUCAUCGCAGGCAGGGCGCUCACACACAAGAUGUGCUUCCCAUCCAGGGAGGAGAUCCUCAGGAAGACCAAAAAUGUCAUUCUGGCAACAAGAGCCAAGUUUGUGUUUGUGGCAACGGACAAUGACCCCCUGGUGGAGGAGCUGGAGCAACAUCUCAAGUCUCUAAAGGUCAAAGUCCACCAUCUGAACCCCCACCUGCCUCAGCUGGACCUGUACAUCCUGGGCCAGGCGCAGCAUUUCAUCGGCAACUGUGUCUCAUCCUUCACGUCGUUUGUCAAGAGGGAGCGGGACGUCUACAACAGAACCUCCUCCUUCUGGGGUGUGGACUGAUGGUGGGCAGCAGAAGGUACUCUCCAAGCAGAGGUUGAUGGGUGAAGAUUGUAACCUUUUUAUAUAUAUGGCCCUUUUUCUUGUUUUCCCUUGGGUGGCAAAUUGGACGCUCUCUGGCCAAUGGAUACUGCUUGGCCAACUUGUCGCCCUGGGAUCUGCUUGGAGAUCAGCAGGAAGGGUGGUGUUUGGUAUGAGCAGAAAUGGACAGGAGCAGAAAUGACUGCUAAAUUCUUCCUAAAGUCUGACUUUUAAACUUUCAUUGCCGUGGUACAUUGUACUAGUGUUAGCCUUUUUUUUAGCCAGCUGCCAGGCUCUGGUUGACAGGAGACAAGUUAUUUGGCAAGACUACCGCAGGUACGUUUUGCAUGUGUGAUGCAUUCUAAAAUACUGGUAACAGAGAUUCUGUAAGAACUUAAUUAACACCAGUAGGAAGUUACAAUUUUGUUGCCAAUUGAAACCUGAGACAAAAGGCUACACUGUGUUCUUGUAGGUUUAUGAGUUUGUUGGCCCCUAAUCCUCUCCCUUCAAAAAGCCUGUACAAUGCGGGUAAAUGUCGUUGCAAUUUUAUUACCUGUAGUCCGGUUUUAUGCUCCUGUCCAUGAAAUCAGAUGGUUGAACUGGAGUGCCAAUCCUGUUUUAUGUCCGAAACAAAGUGUGACUCCUUCCCGUGAUUUUUAUGUACGAGCUAGUUUUUAGUCAGACCCAGAAGGCAUAUUUUAAAAGCUUUUACCAAAAAUCAAUGUGAUAAUAGGACAAUGGCCUGUUUCAUGAAGCUGCUAAUCAAUGAGAAAAGUGCAAAGAUAUAUUACAGAAGUUUAAAACACUGCCUAUUCAACAAUAGUUAUUCAGAAACUAUAUUUGAGAUUGCAUAUCAAGAAAUCAAUGUGAAUGAACUUACACAGAAGUUACUGCAGACAGUCUGUAGGUUUAAAAGGCACUUGUAAAACUAUUUGUUGUCUGUAGGGUGUGUCAAAAUGUGAAGAAGAAAACUUGGUGAGACAAUUAUCUUCUAUUGUACAUGUAUAUGAGGUAUGCACUUUACACUUUAUAAUGGUCCCAGUCAAUUAUAAUACAGGAUUCUUGUGAAGUGUGCUAGUAUCUCAUAGAUGUGAAGGCAGGACAACAGGGUGUUGUGUGUUGCAGUGUAACAGUUUGGUGUCAAAACUAUUGCAAGAGAUUGUAUGUAAAUUGUCUAUCAAUCAAAUCAAAAUAUAUCUACAUAUCAUAAUUUUAUCUAUUAUCUUUA